AUGAUCCAUCCCACAGUUCUCUACUUGAUGCUCAGCCUUGUGCUGCUCAUAAUAGCAAUCAUCGUGCACGUCCGCAGUUCGAACCUCUCACUCGCUAUCUCGCCAACCCUGUCAAUUCUUACAGUGAUUCUCCCGAUUCUGGGGUUUCUUAACACAGCUCUCUAUCCUAGUAUUCGCCGUACUACCAAGUCGUCUUCCAGCGGCAUAACCAAGCUAGCUCCUUUGAUUGUCCAGGUUCUUCAAGCCCUUAUCACCACCAUCCUGGCAACAUUACUUCUAGAGCGCGUAGUGCCAUCAGAAAUGAUGGGAUGCAUGCUCGAUAAGAAGUGGAUGGAUAUGUUUCGUGCUCAUGAUGCACGCAGCAUACGACGUAUUCAGGAUGCGUUUGACUGCUGCGGGCUGAACUCAAUCCGAGACCGAGCUUAUCCUUUCCCAAAUACAGCACCCAGCAGCUGUGCCGAAACAUAUGGAAGAACAAGUCCCUGCCGUGAACCUUGGUCAGGAGCCUUGCAGACACUAUCAUUGUUGGACUUCUCUGUCGUCCUCGGUGUCGGGCUGAUCCAGAUACUAGGGCUCCUCCUAGCCAAAAAAGAUUCCAGCUGGUUGGGUAACUGGCGAAACCAUGGCCAUGGACAAUCAGAACAACAGCACGAUGGCCGCCGCCCUUUACUGAUCGACAGGGAGAGGGAUGUCAUCGAGGAGGAAGAGGCUACCCCUGAGCGCCCAGAGAGGCCAUCACCGGGUUACGGGAGUGUACAAGAGAAUGAAUCGGGUCCUAGAGUCGUGCCAUCGGCCGUGGUCGAACGGAACAACUGGAGCGAGGAUUAA